AUGCCGGAACAAGCGCAACAAGGGGAACAGUCUGUCAAGAGAAGAAGGGUCACUAGAGCCUGUGAUGAGUGUAGAAAGAAGAAAGUUAAAUGUGAUGGUCAGCAGCCCUGUAUCCAUUGUACUGUGUACUCUUAUGAAUGUACUUAUAAGAAGCCCACAAAGAGGACACAGAACUCCGGAAACUCCGGAGUCCUAGCACUGGGCAAUGCCGCUGCUGCUGGCCCAUCAUCAAGUGCUGUGGUAGCUGCUGCUGCUUCCAAUCCAAAUAAACUUCUUUCAAGCGUUAAAGCAGAAAGGACUAUUUUGCCGGGAGCUUCUACAAUACCUCCAAGUAACAACUCGUCUAAACCAAGAAAGUAUAAGACUAAGAGCACAAGGCUGCAAUCAAAGAUUGACAGGUACAAACAGAUCUUUGACGAGAUCUUCCCGCAGUUACCUGAUAUAGACAAUCUGGAUAUUCCUGUGUUCUUGCAGAUCUUUCACAAUUUUAAGAGGGACUCCCAGUCGUUUCUAGACGACACUGUGAAAGAAUAUAUGUUAAUUGUCAACGACAGUUCUUCUCCAAUCCAACCAGUGCUCUCUUCAAAUUCAAAAAACUCCACACCAGAUGAAUUUUUACCUAAUAUGAAAAGCGACUCGAAUAGUGCCUCUAGCAUCAAUAAGGAACAAGACAGUACAGAUACAUACUCCAAUAUUCCGGUCGGUAGAGAAAUAAAAAUUAUUCUACCACCAAAAGCAAUCGCUUUGCAAUUCGUGAAAAGUACGUGGGAACAUUGCUGUGUUCUUCUCCGAUUUUAUCACAGACCAUCGUUCAUUAGGCAAUUGGAUGAAUUGUAUGAGACAGAUCCGAACAAUUACACGUCCAAGCAAAUGCAAUUUUUACCAUUGUGCUACGCUGCAAUUGCUGUGGGAGCAUUAUUCUCGAAAUCCAUUGUCUCAAAUGACUCUUCAAGGGAAAAGUUUUUACAGGAUGAAGGUUACAAGUACUUCAUUGCGGCAAGGAAACUAAUCGAUAUUACAAAUGCCCGCGACUUAAAUUCCAUACAAGCAAUUUUGAUGCUGUUUAUAUUCUUACAAUGUUCCGCACGUUUAUCAACGUGUUACACUUAUAUCGGUGUGGCCAUGAGAAGUGCUUUGAGAGCUGGCUUUCACAGGAAAUUGAGCUCCAAUUCUGGCUUUAGUCCGAUAGAGAUCGAGAUGAGGAAACGCCUUUUUUACACAAUCUAUAAACUCGACGUUUACAUCAAUGCAAUGUUAGGCUUACCGAGAUCUAUUUCUCCAGAUGAUUUUGAUCAAACUUUACCCCUGGAUUUAUCAGAUGAAAAUAUCACUGAGGUGGCGUACUUACCUGAAAACCAACAUUCCGUUUUAUCAAGUACGGGGAUAUCUAAUGAACAUACGAAACUAUUUUUGAUCUUAAAUGAGAUUAUCUCGGAACUAUAUCCAAUAAAAAAAACUAGUAAUAUAAUUUCUCAUGAAACAGUUACUAGUUUGGAGUUGAAGUUGAGAAAUUGGUUGGAUUCAUUACCUAAAGAACUAAUACCUAACGCGAAGAAUAUCGAUCCUGAAUAUGAAAGGGCAAAUCGCUUAUUACAUUUAUCCUUUUUGCACGUCCAAAUAAUUUUGUACAGGCCUUUUAUUCAUUAUUUGUCACGCAACAUGAAUGCUGAGAAUGUGGAUCCCUUAUGUUACCGGAGAGCAAGAAACUCUAUUGCCGUUGCUAGAACGGUUAUUAAGUUAGCAAAAGAGAUGGUUAGCAAUAAUUUAUUAACUGGUUCAUACUGGUAUGCCUGUUAUACAAUUUUUUACUCCGUUGCAGGUCUCUUAUUUUACAUCCAUGAAGCACAACUGCCUGAUAAGGACAGCGCUAGAGAAUAUUACGACAUUUUGAAAGAUGCAGAAACUGGCAGAAGUGUUCUUAUUCAACUGAAGGAUUCCAGUAUGGCUGCUAGUAGAACCUAUAAUUUAUUGAACCAAAUUUUUGAAAAAUUAAACUCAAAAACUAUCCAACUUACCGCACUACAUUCAUCACCAUCCAACGAAAGCGCUUCUUUGGUGGCUAAUAAUUCCUCCGCUCUGAAACCCCAUUCAGCAGAAUCAUUGCAACCACCUGUAUUCUUUUCCUCUCAAGAUACGAAGAAUAGAUUUUCAUUAGCCAAGAAUGACGAAGGUACCAAUGAUUAUGCCAUGGCAAAUUACCUGAAUAAUACACCGAUUUCCGAAAAUCCUUUAAAUGAAGCACAACAGCAAGAUCAAAUAUCUCAAGGGACGAAUAAUAUGUCCAAUGAAAGAGAUUCGAACAGCUUCCUUUCUACUGAUAUUAGACUUGAUAAUAACGGCCAGCCAAAUAUGCUUGAUGCUGCAGAUGACGUCUUUAUCAGGAAUGACGGCGACAUUCCUGCUAACAAUGCAUUCGAUUUUAGCGGUAAUAAAAGCAAUGCAUCAAAUAACUCCAACCCAGAAACCAUUAACAACAAUUAUAAUGAUAACAGUAACAGUAACAACGAUGGUAAAAGCAACAACAACAAUAGUGACAAUAAUAGUAAUAAUAAUAAUAAUAAUAAUAGUAAUAAUAAUAAUAAUAAUAAUAAUAAUAAUAAUAAUGAUAAUAAUAAUAAUUAUAACAAUAGCAACAAUAGCAACAAUAACAAUAAUAAUAGUAAUGACUUCGGCAUCAAGAUUGAUAACAAUUCACCGUCUUACGAAGGGUUUUCUCAGUUACAAAUACCACUUUCACAAGACAAUGUCAACAUAGAAGAAAAAGGGGAGAUGUCACCCAACGUUGAAAGUAAAAACGAACAAAAUACGGCUGAUUCAAACGAUAUUCUUGGAGUAUUUGAUCAGUUAGACGCUCAACUAUUUGGAAAGUAUUUACCCUUAAAUUACCCUUCCGAAUGA